GCCGUCUCCGGCUAUAUCCGCCGCUCGGUCCCGUCAGUCUGUGCUGCUCCCGGCCGCCGUGUCUUCUGUCCCCGCCGGGAACCAUGAACCGCUCCGGGAGGAAGGAGGAGGAGACCCUCAUAGAGAUGUCCGGGGCCGGUGAAGACCUCAAUGGGCCUCUGUACGAAAUCAACUCCAAUGCAGAUUCAGAGAUUCCAAGUAACUCGGAGGGCCUCAGCAGCACAGAGAGUACGUUCCUCAUCACCAGUCCUCAGAGGAUAGAAAAGCAUCAUCAGAGUAAAGAUUCUGUCUUCUUCCGUGAUGGCGUCCGGAGUCGACUUUGUAUUUCUUAUGUUGAUGAACCGAGCAAAGAAGUAGACCGGCGAAAAGCUGAGAGAAGACGAGAAUUUGAAUUGAACUUGCAGAAAGCGGGUCUGGAGCUAGAAACCGAAGACAAGAAGGAGUCGGAGAAUGGAAAAAAUUAUUUUGUCAAGAUCCAUGCGCCCUGGGAGGUCCUCUCCACCUACGCCGAGGUGCUGAAUAUCAAGAUGCCCUUAAAGGAGAAUGAUAUGGUCCUGAAGACGGAAAACCCUCUAAACUGGUUUCUGAAAACCUUCAAACUUCCGUAUGACGUCAUGAACCCAGAACCAGAUUAUUUCACGGCCCCUUUCAGCAAGCAGAGGCAGGAGCUGUUCUACAUCCGCGACCAGAACACGUUCUUCACACCGGCCACCAGGAACAGGAUAGUCUAUUACAUCCUCUCUCGUUGCCCCUACGGAAUUGGGGAGGAGAAGAGAAAGUUUGGUAUUAAGAGGCUGUUAAGCAAUGGAACGUACACGGCCGCCUUCCCUCUCCAUGACUGUCAGUAUUGGAAGAAGUCCCAGGACGUGACCUGUGAGAGCGAGCGGUAUACAUUGCAUAAACACUGGGCCAGAUUUGGAAAGUUUUACAAGGAGCAGCCGACGAUCUCGAUCAGAAAGUACUACGGGGAGAAGAUUGGAAUCUACUUUGCUUGGCUCGGCUUCUAUACAGAGAUGUUAUCUUAUGCUGCUAUUGUUGGGUUUUUAUGCUUCCUGUACGGAUGGAUAACAAUGGAUGACAGCAUCAGUAGUAAAGAGAUCUGUGAUAAGGACAUUGGGGGACAAAUCUUCAUGUGUCCGCUGUGUGACCAGACCUGUGAAUUCUGGAGGUUAAACGCCACAUGUGAACCUUCUCAGUAUUCACACUUGUUUGACAACGUGGCCACCCUCUUCUUUGCCAUCUUCAUGGGAAUAUGGGUGACCUUAUUCCUGGAGUUCUGGAAGCGGCGGCAGGCGCGGCUGGAGUACGAGUGGGACUUGGUUGACUUUGAGGAAGAACAACAGCAACUUCAGCUGAGACCAGAAUAUGAGGCCAAAUGCACCCAAAAAAGGAAAAACCCGGUGACGCAGGAGAUGGAACCUUUCUUGCCUUUAACUAGCAAGGCGGCCCGGUUCUGCUUCUCAGGGACCACGGUGCUAUUCUGGAUCGCUUUAAUCAUAGCCAGCAUGAUCGCGGUUAUUGUCUAUCGGUUGGCGGUCUAUGCCGCGUUCGCCAGCGUUAUGGAGAACAACCACACGCUGGAGCCCAUCAGUGGGCUGCUAACACCACAGCUGGCCACCUCGGUGACUGCUUCCUGCCUGAACUUCAUCAUGAUCAUGAUCUUGAACUUCUUGUAUGAACGCGUGGCUAUCUGGAUCACCGACAUGGAAAUUCCCAGAACUCACCUGGAGUACGAGAACCGGCUCACUAUGAAAAUGUUCCUCUUCCAGUUCGUCAACUACUACUCCUCAUGUUUCUAUGUGGCUUUCUUCAAGGGGAAGUUUGUUGGCUAUCCCGGCGAGUACACUUAUAUGUUCAACCGUUGGCGUAAUGAGGAGUGUGACCCGGCUGGCUGUCUGAUCGAGCUCACAACACAACUCACUAUAGUUAUGGCUGGGAAGCAAAUCUGGGGAAAUAUACAGGAGGCCUUCGUUCCGUGGAUAAUGAACUGGUGGAGAAGUAGAAAAGCCAGAAAUAGCCCAGAGACUCUGUACAGCAGAUGGGAACAGGACUUUGACCUACAGGUCUUUGGAGGUCUGGGACUCUUCUACGAAUAUCUUGAAAUGGUGGUCCAGUUUGGGUUCAUUACCUUAUUUGUGGCCUCCUUUCCUUUGGCUCCGCUCCUCGCUCUCCUGAACAACAUCCUGGAGAUUCGUGUCGACUCUUGGAAAUUAACUACGCAGUUCAGGCGACCGUUUGCAGCGAAGGCUCACAGCAUUGGGGUGUGGCAGGAAAUCCUGAAUGGAGUUGCCAUCUUAUCCGUCGUAACGAAUGCAUUUAUCGUGGCGUUCACCUCCGACAUGAUCCCCCGCUUGGUCUACUAUUAUGCCUACUCUGAUGACAACGAUUCUUCAGGAUAUAUUAGCAGCAGCCUCUCUGUGUUUGACGUUUCUGAUUUUCAGAAUUUCAGCAUGCCACAGAAUAACGAAAUGAAUGUCACUUUGUGCAGGUACAGAGAUUAUCGUUACCCUCCAGACCACGAGAGGAGAUAUCUACACACCAUGCAGUACUGGCACAUACUGGCAGCAAAAAUGGCCUUUAUCAUCAUUAUGGAGCACGUCGUGUUUCUCGUCAAAUUCUUCGUGGCCUGGCUGAUCCCAGACGUCCCAUCCGAGGUGAAGGCCAGAGUCAAACGCGAGAAGUACCUCACGCAGCAGAUUCUUCACGAAUACGAGCUGUGCAAGUUACGGCAGAAGCUGGACGAGAAGAAUCAGUGCUCCGAGGUGGCCAAAGAAGUUAUAGCCUCAGAAGGGAAGGCCCAGCUGUCUGCCGCCAUGUAGCGGCUCCUCUACCGCACCCUGGGACACGAUGCGUGCA